ACUGUCUACAAUGCAAAUCUUCGUUAAAACUCUUACUGGCAAAACCAUUACUCUCGAGGUCGAGUCGUCAGACACUAUUGACAAUGUCAAGGCCAAGAUUCAAGACAAGGAAGGAAUCCCACCUGACCAGCAGCGUCUGAUUUUUGCUGGAAAGCAGCUUGAGGAUGGUCGCACUCUUUCUGACUACAAUAUCCAGAAGGAAUCUACUCUUCAUCUUGUUCUCCGUCUUCGUGGAGGUAUGCAAAUCUUUGUCAAAACCCUUACUGGUAAGACCAUUACUCUCGAGGUCGAGUCAUCAGACACUAUUGACAAUGUCAAGGCCAAAAUUCAAGACAAGGAGGGAAUCCCACCUGACCAGCAGCGUCUGAUUUUUGCUGGAAAGCAACUUGAGGAUGGUCGCACUCUUUCUGACUACAAUAUCCAGAAGGAAUCCACCCUUCAUCUUGUUCUCCGUCUUCGUGGAGGUAUGCAGAUUUUCGUCAAAACCCUUACUGGUAAGACCAUUACUCUCGAGGUCGAGUCGUCAGACACUAUUGACAAUGUCAAGGCCAAAAUUCAAGACAAGGAAGGAAUCCCACCUGACCAGCAACGUCUGAUUUUUGCUGGAAAGCAACUUGAGGAUGGUCGCACUCUUUCUGACUACAAUAUCCAGAAGGAAUCCACCCUUCAUCUUGUUCUCCGUCUUCGUGGAGGUAUGCAGAUUUUCGUCAAAACCCUUACUGGUAAGACCAUUACUCUCGAGGUCGAGUCAUCAGACACUAUUGACAAUGUCAAGGCCAAGAUUCAAGACAAGGAAGGAAUCCCACCUGACCAGCAGCGUCUGAUUUUUGCUGGAAAGCAACUUGAGGAUGGUCGCACUCUUUCUGACUACAAUAUCCAGAAGGAAUCCACUCUCCAUCUUGUUCUCCGUCUUCGUGGAGGACUUUGAUUAUCAUUUUUCAACGUUCAAUAAAUAUGUCGCCAAAAUAUACUAUUUUACAUCCAGCCGAUUGGACAAGUGGUUUUAAGCUAUAAUAAUUGAUGUUUACAUCACUCUGCAGUGAUUUGUUUGGAUAACAAUGGUUGAGCAUUAUACUUGUCCACUGGAAAUUGGCAUUUUCAACUUUGAAUAAACACAGCGUUCAUAUCAU